GGGGGAUGAGUAGGGGAGGGUCCCUGGCGGCGGAGAGGACCCCACCUUUGCCUGCAGCAACCGCCGUCGUGGGAGAGCAGCUGAAGUGCUGAGAGGGAUGAGCAAGGCGACUGCAUCCCAAUGGCGUCCUCACAGCCCCUGGAACUGACAGUCUUGGGGAAUGUACCUGGGCCCAGCCGUGGAGUCCCAGAAGGGGGACCUUCAGCACCACGGACAGCUCCUGGCUUGGGCAUUGAGAACGCCUCUUACCAGGGGGAGGAAGAAGAGGAAGAGGAAGAGGCAGAAACUUCCUUCCGGAACCGUCAAGGCACAGGAAGCAGCCUCAGGGAGCACACAGCACCCCCUAGGGGAGACCUCUCCCCACGGUCCGAGGACGGCCCUUUGCCGGACGCAGCAGGCAACUCAGUGGACUAUGGCUUCAUCUUGGCUUUAGUCUUCUUGGUCAGCGGGAUUUUGCUGGUGAUUGUCGCCUACAGCAUCCCGCGGGAGGCGCGAGUCGACCCGGAUUCUGUGUCCGCCCGGGAGAUGGAGAGGCUGGAGAUGUAUUACGCCCACCUAGGCUCCCACCUGGACAAGUGCAUCAUCGCAGGGUUGGGGCUCUUGACUUUGGGCGGGAUGCUGCUCUCCAUCCUCCUGAUGGUCUCUAUCUACAAAGGGGAGCUCUACCGGAGGAGGUCAUUCCCGGCUUCCAGUGCUCCCCGGAAGACUUACGGGUCUAUAAACCUGAGGAUGAGGCAGCUGAAUGGAGAAGGGGGGCAGACUUUGGUCGAGAACGAGGUCAUUCAGAUGACCGAAGUCACAAACACCAGCCAGAGCUGCUGACG